AUGGACAUCACUAGCUUCAUCAUCCAGGGCCGCGACAAGGCCCUGCUCUAUGGCGAUUACUCCACCUACCACGGCCAGCUGUCCAAACGCCUCCUCAACUCGCGCAGGAAGCUGGGCACCGUCACCAAGAAUCGAGGCAAGUUCCGCAAGGCCGAGCAAGCUACCGCCGAGGAGGUCAGGACAAACAAUGAGCAUGUCUACCUGCUCCUCCUUACCAGCGAACGUGCCUGGGCCCAGGCAAUGAGCAUCAAGGCCGCUCAUUCGAUUGACCAGAGGGGAAUUGUUGGCCGUGCUCGGUCCCACAUCGUCUCGCGGCUCGAGAAAGCAGCUCGAAGUGCCGAGCAGGUUGUCCGCAUCCUUUCGCAGAUCGACAUCAGUGGUGCCACCAUCACCGAUGUUCUCGAAGCUCAGGCAUAUGCGUCCCUCAUUCGGGGCGCCAUGCAGUUCGAAAAAAACAGCUGGGAGGCUUGUUUGAGGAGCUAUGCUACGACAUAUGUCAUCUACAAUGCGCUGGCUACCGCUAGUAAAAGCGACUUGUACAAGGAUUUGCUCUCUGAGACCGUAGAGCCAUCAAUCCGGUUUGCUGCGUAUCAGCUCAAGACACCUCGAACAGUCUCAGUUGCAACCCUUGCCAAGAACGCCUUCCCGCGAUCAGACGACACUCUAGUCCAGGAAAUCAACCGAAUUGAUGCCACUCUUCUCGGCGAGGCGCAGCCAGAGUCGACAAAUAACAUUGCAGGAAGUGAAACUGCUCCCCAGACACUCAAUUGGCGCCGUCACCAAGUCCAAAUUGAGGACGCCCAAAUAGCCACAGCUUGGUCAACUGUUAGUGAAGCCAAAGAGAGGCUUUCACAGGCUGUGGCCAAAUCUCAGGACAAGGGUCUCCACGAGGUAGCUGCUGCUUAUGACGAAAUCUUAAUAGCAACCCAAGAUGCUGUUGAUGCCGCAAAACAAGCAAUUGAUGAUGUCAAGGCAGACGGCGUCAGCCAAAGCGACCCUAGAAUGCAACGGUUACAGAUUACACGCACGGCAGUCAACUAUGAAAUGAUCAGCUGGAGAAUCGGUCGUAACCGCGUUCUUACGGGUCCUCAUGAUGGAGCUACAGAGGAAUAUGGCUCACUGAGGAGGAGAAAGAAGAAGGACGCAACAUCAGAGGAUGCGAAGAAAGAGAGAGAAUUGCCAUCUGGCAAGAAGCUGGCCAAGCUCAAGGAGAAGGGUGCUCUUUACGAUGGAAUUCUUCAGAACUUGGAGUCCAUUAGAGAGCUGCCUGGCGUGGCUGCUGAUGAAGAACUUGCUGCGCGGAUUGAAGCUUACGAACAAUACUUUAUCGCGUUAAAACACCUCGCCGUCGCCCGGUCACACGCCAUCAUUGGCAACUCUGCCAACGCCUUGGCUCUUAUCAACCGUGCUCUGAGCUUCAGCCUAAAGGCAGUUGCCAAGCUUCCAAACACAGAGACCCCUUCUGACGAGCUCCCCUUGAGCCUUGACAUAUCUCCCGCCUCCGUCAAAUUUUUAGAACAAGUGGUUGACGGCGAGCUGCAACGCCACCGUGCUAUCGUCCACGUCGACAACCUGCGGAAGAAACAGGCUCAAGGCGAUGAGUAUCAAAGCCACGCUCCUCUAGUCGAGAAGCUGCACGAAUAUCCCAUCGGUGGGGCCAACCUCAACAACAUUGUCGAGUUCCCUCCGAGGCUGGAGGUAAUGCCCGUCAAGCCCAUUUUCCUCGAUGUUGCCUGGAAUUACAUUCAAUAUCCCCAAAAGGAGGUUCAGGUGGACGAUCAAGCUGCUCCUGCUGCUGAGGCUGAGAAACCUGCUCAGAAGAGAGGCUGGUUUGGCUUUGGGAGGUGA